AUGGCACCCCCAUCCAUCUCCAUCAAGCUCCUCCGCCCCAGCGCCCUCCAACUCAGCGCUGACGAACCCUGCAUCCUCGAGAUGCACAUCCCCAUCGCCCUCCCCCACCGCCUCGACCCAUCCCUCCCCGCGCCCCCUUACCACACCGGCACAAUCCUGCCGCACGACUUCCGCGACCGCCACGCCAUCUCCGUGUUCCGGCCCCUGAUGGCCCAGGUCCUCGCCCACAUGCUGGGCAGCGCCAGCGCCAGCUCAGACCCAGACGCGGACCCGGCCGCGGAGCAUGUCGCCGCCGCCAACGCCGCCGUGUCGAGGCUCGGAUUCGACGUGGCUACUAGCCCGAGCGACUCGUACCGGCUGUUUGAUAGCUGGGAGGCCGACACCGUGUUUGAUAAGGAGAGUGGCUUUGAUCUGGAGCGGGGGUAUUGGAAGAAUAAGAAGGGUGAGAAGCAUCGGGGUGUGAUUCGGGCGUUUGAUGAUGUUUUUGAUCGUAUUAUUAUUUACCAUACGUUUGUGUUGCGGUUGGUUUGUGGGACCGGCGAGGCGGCGGCUUGGAAGGAGGCGAAUCCGAGGGUGGUGAGGUUUGAUGUGGUGCCAGUGGAGGAGGAGGAGGAGGGUGAUCAGGGUUGGGAUGGGGGAGAGGUCGUGUUUGAGGUCAAGGAGUACACGGAGAACGCGAGACGGAGGGUUAAUGCUGAGGUUGCGAUGCCUAUGGCUGAUUGGGGUGCUCCCGAGGCUCCUGCCACUGAGGGCGCGUAG